AUGAAGAGGUUAUGGGCUAAAAUUCGACAGUCUCAAGAUGAAGAUGAUGAAGAGAUGAUGGCGAAUAACGUCAUUGUAAUCAUAGCAGUUGUUGAAUCUGCAAACCAAAUUCGAGGGCUCGGUUCUCAGCUGGCUCGUGCACUAAACGAGGAGAGAUUUAGGGAAGAAAGAGGCAAAAACAUGAUGGAAGAUUACUUUGUCGAACAUCCAGUGUUCAAGGAAUGGGAAAUCCGAACACGCUACAGGAUGAGUCACAAUAUCUUUAACCGCAUAGUUGGUGAAAUUUGCCGUUAUGACCGAUACUUCGUUCAAAAAUUAGAUGUUAUCAAGAAAGUCAGACUACUUCCGAAGCAGAAGAUGACAUGUUCCUUGCGAAUGCUUACUUAUGCUAUAUACCUCCGGGCUCCUACUGCGAUCGACCUCAUAAGACUUCUUGCCAAAGCUAAGAGAAGGGCUUUUCCAGGGAAGAUUGGGAGCAUCGACUAUAUGCACUGGCAAUGGAAGAAUUGCCCAACCGCUUGGGCUGGAGAAUAUAGUGGUUGA